ACUCAUCCACCCAAAACGUAAUCCUCUCCCAGGUUUUGUCUCUUCAUCCCUCUUUUUCACCUCUUUUUGUCGUGUUCUUUCUCUUGUUGGUUCUACUUGACUUCAAUUCGUCCUCCACUUCAAGGCCUCAAUUCUGCUUAGAGGCCUCUGUGAUUCUUUUGUGUGAGAGAAACAAUGGCACUGACCGUCAAUGCUGCUGUAUCUCUCCCAUCUUCCAAGUCAUCUUCUCUUUCAUUUAAAAGCUCUAUCACUAUAUCUGAAAGAAUGAACUUCAACAAGAGUGUAUGGUACUCCAGGAAUGUCAGCGCUGGUGGAAAUGUGGUUUCCAUUAAAGCUCAGGUCACUACGGAGGCUCCUGCAAAAGUAGUGAAAGUUUCCAAGAAAGAUGACGAAGGUGUUGUUGUUAACAAGUUCAAGCCAAAGAAUCCUUACAUUGGAAAGUGCCUUCUCAACACCAAAAUUACUGGAGAUGAUGCUCCUGGAGAGACUUGGCACAUGGUUUUUAGCACUGAAGGGGAAGUGCCUUACAGAGAAGGACAAUCCAUUGGUGUCACUCCUGAGGGUAUUGACAAGAACGGAAAACCCCACAAACUUAGACUGUACUCCAUCGCCAGUAGUGCUUUGGGAGACUUCGGCACUUCUCAAACUGUUUCCUUGUGUGUCAAAAGGCUUGUUUACACCAAUGAACAAGGAGAGAUAGUGAAAGGAGUUUGCUCAAAUUUCCUGUGUGACUUGAAGCCUGGUGCUGAUGGGACGAUCACUGGACCUGUUGGGAAAGAGAUGCUUAUGCCAAAAGAUCCAAAUGCCACCAUCAUAAGGCUUGCAACUGGAACUGGAAUUGCUCCUUUCCGUUCAUUCUUAUGGAAGAUGUUCUUUGAGAAGCAUGAUGACUACAAGUUUAAUGGGUUGGCUUGGCUCUUCUUGGGUGUACCCACAAGUAGCUCACUGCUCUACAAGGACAAAUUUGAGAAGAUGAAGGAGAAGGCACCAGAUAACUUCAGGGUGGAUUACGUCGAGAGUAGAGAACAAACAAAUGACAAGGGUGAGAAGAUGUAUAUUCAAACCCGGAUGGCCCAGUAUGCUGAAGAGCUAUGGGAAUUGCUCAAGAAAGAUAACACCUAUGUCUACAUGUGCGGGCUCGAGGGUAUGGAGAAGGGAAUUGAUGAAAUCAUGACUUCUUUGGCUGCCAAAAAUGGUAUUGAUUGGCUUGAAUACAAGAGACAAUUAAAGAAAGCAGAACAAUGGAACGUUGAGGUCUACCGAUCUUGGCUGCAUUGUAUUUCUACAGGGGAUUUUGCCAUUCUGUCAACACUUCCUCUACUCCUGCACUACUUCGCACCAUAUAUUUUUUAACGUAUUUGAUAUAGAAGUUGAAUUUUUUAGCUCAACUCAUGUAUUCUUUCCUCAAGACAGGUUGUAUAGUGCAAAUUUGAAGGAGAUAACUCCUUUCCACUGUAUCUUGUAAUAUUGCAUUUUCUAAUCAUCUGUGUUACUUUAGUCGACACUUUCUGGUCAUCAUCUGAAGUGACGAGAAGCUCAUUCUUCUCACAUUCAAUCAAAUUACCUGAUGGAAAGGCAAUGUUAAGGUUCA